GUUUAUCAGCAUUAUGGAAGGACUGUGUUCUGAUAUGACCUCAUUCAGCUUGGCAUCAAAGGGUUAAUGGAAAAGUUGAACACAUUGCAGUAUAGUCCAUCAGGUGUCUGGUCUCAGGUGAUGGGAUUCUGUGAUGUUGCAGUUCUACCAAAACGUCCAUCACCCACUGAACGUGUGGCUGGUCUACGGCAUGCUAACCAUCACCAUAAAAGAACAAAGAUUUCCCUGUGCACCACAUCUACCCUGGCUUCUUUGGUUCUUCCUGGUAAACCUCAGCAACUUGUAUAUGGUUCAGGCAAGCACCUUCAGGGUUGGAGUGUUAGGCCCAUGGUCUUGUGACUCCAUGUUUGCCAAAGCCAUGCCUGGUGUCGCAGCUAAACUAGCUGUGCAGAGGAUCAACAGAGAUCAGGCUCUGUCUCUGGGAAUCACGUUUGACUACGUCAUCUUGGAAGAAGAUUGUCAGACUUCGAUAGCCCUGAAGGACUUUAUGGGUUACUACACACGAGCCUCAGCAUUCUUAGGUCCAAUAAACCCUGGAUACUGUGAGGCAGCAUCUCUGCUCGCCAGGAACUGGAACAAAGCAGUCUUCUCAUGGUCCUGUGUGAACUACGAGCUGGAGAGCUCAUCGCGUCACCCGACAUUUUCCCGCACUAUACCUUCUCCUGUUUUGGUGCUGAAGACUGUGGCACACCAUUUCCACUGGGCAAACAUCGCCAUCGUAGCCUCAGCUGAUUACCUGUGGGUGGACACGUCCUACAAGGUAGCUGAUGCCUUAAGGAGUUUUGGCUUCCCUGUCAGGAUUCUGCUUUCCACGAGCAAUGACCCUGCCAGCAUACGCAGCUCACUCUCCACCAUAAGGAAGAUGAAGGAGCUUCGCAUGGUGAUCCUGUGCAUGCAUUCGGUCCUGAUCGGUGGGAAAACUCAAAAGCGUCUGCUGGAGACGGCUCUGGACAUGCACUUGACCGAUGGCUCAGUGGUCUUUGUGCCCUACGAUACACUGCUCUACAGCCUGCCGUACAAGCAGGUGAUGCAUCCCGCACUGCACAGCAACAGCAAGCUGAGACUGGCCUACGAUGCUGUGUUAACCAUUACACUGGACUCAGACGAGAACUCUUUCUACAAGGCCUACCAGGAUGCUAUCAGGUCUAAAGAGGUGCCUGCAAACAUUAAACCUCACGAGGUGUCUCCUCUCUUUGGCACCAUUUACACGUCCAUCAUCUUCAUUGCCAAUGCUCUACAGAACAUUCGUGAGUCUGCAUCCUGGCUUUCAGGGACAAAUCUAGCUCGCCAUACUGGGAACAUGGUGUUCCAAGGUUUCAGUCAGAGUGUUCGUACCAACGGUUCUGGAGUUAGUCUUGUGGACUAUGUGGUGCUGGAUACAGAUGGCCAUUCCUGGGAACUGCACCCCACUCACACUGUGGACAUACAGGCUAACGCUGUUCACUACCUCGGGAGACCGAUCCACUUCCCUGGCGACGUUCAGCCCAAAGCUGACUCCAGAUGUUGGUUCAUACCUGGAGGACCUCUUUGUACCAGAGGACUAGACCCGCUCAUGUUGUUGGAGGUGUUCCUAUCAGCGCUUCUCAUAAUAUUGUUCAUAACUAGUCUCGGAUAUUGUACACGACGUCGUCUCAAUCAGAUCAGAAUGGUUCGAGGUCCCAAUAAGAUUCUCCUCACUCUGGCCGAUGUGACCUUCAUCAAUCCCUCUCUCAGCAAUAAGAAAGCGAGUAUAGAUGAUGGUAAAGGAGAGGCAGAGAGAUGUUUGUCAGAAAUGGACAGCAGAAUGAAUUCACGCCUCUCCGUCUCCGACACUGCUGAGCCCAGCUACGAAAACUCCAACGUGGCCAUACUGGAGGGGGAUUGGGCUUGGCUGAAGCGGCUGCCGUCUGGACACUUCAGGUCAAUAAAUCCUAAGACUAGUGAUGUUUUUGAACUGAUGAGAGAUAUCCGUCAUGAGAACCUGACUCCAUUCUUGGGGUUCUUUCAUGACCAUGGUGUCUUUGCCAUCGUCACUGAGUUCUGCUCUCGUGGAAGUUUAGAGGAUUUGCUUCACAAUGAAGAUGUUAAACUGGAUUGGAUGUUCAAGUCUUCACUGCUACUGGACCUGAUCAAGGGCAUGAAGUAUCUUCACCACAGGGGUGUGUGUCAUGGCCGACUCAAAUCCCGUAACUGUGUUGUGGAUGGACGAUUUGUGCUGAAGGUAACUGACUACGGUUACAAUGAAGUUCUCCAUGCCCAAAAGUUCCCCUACACAGAACCCAAAGUGGAGGAUCUGCUGUGGACCGCUCCUGAACACCUGCGUACUCCACACCCUGGACAGUUUGGUAGUUAUGAAGGUGACGUCUACAGCUUCUCCAUCAUCGUCCAAGAGGUGGUGCUGAGAGAGCCACCAUUUUUCAUGCUCCACAUGCCUGCUGAGGAAAUCAUCCAGAAGAUUAAGAAACCCCCUCCGCUGUGCCGGCCCGUGGUUUCUCCAGACUACGCUCCUAUGGAAUGCAUUCAGCUCAUCAAACAGUGCUGGAACGAGCAGCCAGACAGACGACCUGCCUUUGAUGAGAUCUUUGAACAGUUUCGGAACAUUAACAAGGGGAAGAAGACAAACAUCAUCGACUCCAUGUUGCGAAUGUUGGAGCAGUAUUCUUCCAACCUCGAGGAGCUCAUCCGUGAGAGGACAGAGGAGCUGGAGAUUGAAAAGCAGAAAACAGAAAAACUGCUCACACAGAUGCUCCCUCCGUCUGUAGCUGAGGCUCUCAAAGUGGGCGGCACUGUGGAGCCCGAGUACUUUGAUAACGUCACGUUGUACUUCAGCGACAUUGUGGGCUUCACCACCAUCUCCGCCAACAGCGAACCCAUCGAAGUGGUUGAUCUACUCAAUGACCUGUACACCUUAUUUGAUGCGAUUAUUGGAAACCAUGAUGUCUAUAAGGUGGAAACAAUUGGAGAUGCGUACAUGGUGGCAUCUGGGGUUCCUGUCCCCAACGGUGACCGACACGCUGCUGAGAUCACAAACAUGGCGCUGGACAUCCUCAGUGCGAUCGGCACCUUUAAGAUGAGACACAUGCCUGAUGUUCCAGUACGCAUUCGAAUCGGACUGCACACGGGGCCGUGUGUGGCUGGAGUUGUAGGUCUCACCAUGCCUCGAUAUUGUCUGUUUGGGAACACGGUGAACAUCGCCUCGAGAAUGGAGUCCACUGGCAUGCCGUACCGCAUCCAUGUGAGUCACACCACUGUUAAGAUCCUUCUUGACCUCAAGGAGGGAUACCAGGUCCAGAUUCGUGGAAGAACUGAAUUAAAGGGUAAAGGGAUGGAGGAAACCUACUGGCUUGUGGGUAAAGAUGGAUUCACUAAACCACUACCUGUACCCCCUGAGCUCAAGUCAGGACAAAUGGCCCACGGCUUGCAGAUGGAGGAAAUCGCCCGAUUCAAACGGAAGAAAGCUGAGGCCCAAUUAGCCAAGAAGAAAUAAGGUCAGAGAUGGUGCGUGACUUCAAGCAGCUGCUGCAGAAAGCAGUAAAGAAGAUUUUGGUUGUGAGGCACGUGGCCCAGCUGCCCAAUGUCGACUUCACUGAGGAAAAUGUUAUGAUCCACCAUCAUUAACAGCUCUACCACGAUGGCCACUGAGAGAACUGACCCACUAAAGCAGUAUCUGCAGUAUCUGUGACUGAGUGAAGCUGACAUUUCCACAAAAGUAGUUUUUUUUCCCCUCGGCUCAUUAAUGUUGCAGGAACUAUUAGAGUGCAUUUUUUCAAGCAUCUUUUCUUCAUUCCAUAAAAUCAGGCAAAGAUAAGGAGAACACGUGGCUUCUACCAUCUGGCUGAAGAAACAACUCUCCAACUUGGCAGAAUCUCAACAUGAAAUCUGUACAGCUCUCUAAAUCAUGAGCCUGGCUCUUUUAGCUGGAGGUUACAGUACCUUUCAUCCCAGUGGACAUAAAUGAUUCAUUCUGUACUUAAGGAGGCUGUGGUGUGUAUGAGAGUCGAGCGGUGAAAUGCUUUGAGCAUGUGGAGAUUAUCGGAUACUUCAGUAAGAGGCUCUUCAAAUGAAUUUGGCUGUAAUGUAUAUAAAUAGCAAAUGGGGCUAUUACACUAAGCCAGAGAGGAUCAGACCCUGUUCUCAUCCAUUACCCCGGUUCACUGAGUCCAGAGAGCAAGUGCUGAGCUGCAGAAGAUGAUCGACCUGAACCUCGCACUGGAGGAAUGAAAAUAUGUCCUCAUAGAUUCAAAUUCUGAAGUAACACAAGGAAGGAAAGAUGUUGAUUACUGUCUGUUCUAUUUUUACGAUUCUGAAGUGUAGUCUUGUUUCCUUUUUGAACGAACCAGAAAAGAGCUGAUUGAAUGUGAUAUUUAUAUCUGCAAUUUUUAUUGCCCCAGAAUUUGUCCUGGACUCCUGUAAGUUAGUGAACACUGUUUCCGGUUUUUGAGUGUAAUCCUCUGAAUGUUGUCAAGUGUCAUUUAGAAUAAUCAUAAUAUUCAUUUUAAUC